UUGUAUACUAUACUUUUAUCUUGUCAGUGGGACCAGCCUAGUGCUUUGUGCUUAGUGUUUGAUGUAACAAGUGAGACAUCUUUUACUGACUGUUCAAGAUGGCUGCAGAGAGUUAAAUCCAAAACCAUGAGCCCUCACCUCCCAGGAGUUCUGGUGGCAAACAAAACAGACCUAACUGGCCGCAGAGUGGUGGAGAAGAAUCAAGCUGAAGAGUGGGCAGUGAGCCACGGAUUGGAGUAUUUUGAGACAUCCGCGAAGGAGCUGGAAAACUAUGAUCAGCCGUUUCGAGCACUGGCAAAAGCAUUACAUCGUUUGUACCAAGACAGAGCGGAAGGAUUCAGAAAUCUUCUGUAG